GAUCCAAGUGUUUUGGAAAGAGAGAUCUUGGAGAUAGGACUCGAACUUGAAACACGAACUCCACCUAUGGUGUGCACACAUAGCCUGAAGGGUUUCCAGAGAAUUGCUCACAGGGGCUUAAUUUAGCAUUGAAAUGCCACCUCCAGCAGAGAAAGACCUGGCCUAUACCCCUCCGGAUGGAGGAUGGGGCUGGGUGGUGGUGCUUGGCGCAUUCGUAUCUAUUGGAUUUUCAUACGCAUUCCCCAAAAGCAUAGCAAUCUUCUUCAAAGAAAUCCAGGAUUUCUUUGGCUCGUCAUCAAGUGAGAUUGCCUGGGUGUCUUCAAUUAUGUUGGCUGCUACGUAUGGUGGAGGCCCCCUUAGCAGUAUCCUGGUGAACCGUUUUGGCAGCCGACCGGUGGUCAUGUUUGGAGGUCUGCUGUGUGGCAUUGGGAUGAUCUCUGCAUCUUUUUGCACAAGCAUUUUCCAGCUGUACAUCUGCGCUGGACUCAUAACAGGACUUGGCCUUGCCUUCAACCUCCAACCAUCGGUGAUCAUCAUUGGGAAGUAUUUCCUGAAAAGACGCCCAAUCGCCAAUGGUCUGGCCAUGGCAGGGAGCCCCGUCAUGCUCUGCACACUGGCCCCCUUGAACCAGCUCCUUUUUGACAUGUUUGGAUGGAGGGGCAGCUUUUUCAUUCUUGGGGCGCUCCUCCUCCACUGCUGCGUGGCUGGAGCACUCUUCAGACCCAUUGGACCUCCAGCUGGUUCCCCCAAAGAACCAGCAAACAAACAAGCUACAGAGACCCUUCAAAAGGAGCAGUUUGAUUUAGGCCUUGUUGAAGUGGCUGAUCCUGGUGAAGAAGAGAAGGAGGACAAAGACUGCUGUGAGAAAGUUAACAGAUUCCUAGAUUUCUCUCUUUUCAAGCACAGAGGCUUUCUGAUCUAUUUGAUAGGGAAUGUGCUCAUGUUUCUAGGCUUUUUCGCCCCUAUUGUCUUUUUGGCUCCAUAUGCGAAGCACCUUGGGAUUGAUGAAUAUUCAGCCGCAUUCCUGCUUUCAAUCCUUGCCAUAGUUGACAUGAUAGCCAGACCAACUACUGGAAUCAUUGCAAACAGCAAAUGGGUCAGGCCAAAGAUUCAGUAUUUUUUCGGCUUCUCCAUUGCUUUUAAUGGAGCCUGUCACCUCCUCUGCCCUUUGGCAACAGGAUAUUCGGGCCUAGUGGUGUAUUCUGCCUUUUUUGGACUAGCAUUUGGCAUGGUUUGCGCCAUGCUUUUUGAAACGCUCAUGGACCUUGUGGGUGCCAGCCGCUUUACAAGUGCGGUAGGACUGGUCACUAUUGUGGAAUGCUGCACUAUAUUACUUGGACCACCCAUUGGAGGAACUCUUAUUGACACGUUUGGAGAUUACAAAUAUAUGUUCAUUAAAUGCGGGUCAGUGAUGGUCUUGGCUGGAAUAUUCCUCUGUAUCAUGAAUUAUUACAACUACCGAAUGCUUGCAAAAGAAGAAAAAGCAAGGAGAAAACAUGAGGCAACAGAGACGGAUGAUGAAGCUGUAAGGACUCCCACAUUUCCUAAGGAAGAAGAUACCACAAAGGUGGAAAAAAUGCAGGAUGGCCAUGAAACAAUACCUCUGAAAAGUGAGGAGGAAGGACUCAAGAACGGGGCACAGAUAACAAAUGAAGCCUAAUUCUUUCUAGACAAGAUCUUCUGAGUGGGAAAGUGGCUCUUGCAUAUUUCUUAAAAUGGUUAAAAAUAUAUAUUUUGACAUGUCUAUUGGGCCUUUUAAAACUGUAUUGUCUAUGCCUUAGAAGAAAACAAGUCCACUUCUACGAAUGUGCCCAAAAAGUGUAGCACUUGUAUCUCCAGAAGAGACAGCAUGGUGUAGUGGUCUGAGCAUUGGAUCAUGACUCUGGAGGCCAGGGUUUGAAGCUCCACUUAGCCAUAGAAACUCAUUGGGUGACUUUGGGCAGGUCAAAAAGUCUCAGAGGAGGGCCAAAGCAACCCCUAUCUGAACCAAUUCUGUGAAGACACCCCCAUGAUAUGUUUGCCUUUGGGUUGCGUAGCCUGGAAAGGACUUGAAGUUGCACAAGAACAACUUGUACCCUCAACCACUACAGAGUUAUAUAAUCACAGUUUGGCUUUGAAGAGACAAGGUCUCGCCUCCACAAGAUUUGUUGGAGAGAGGUGGUGUCUCAAAUAAUGGCUGUAUAUACAGGAUAAGCAAAAGGUCCAGGUUCAGUCCCCAGCAUGUUCGGUAUGAAUGAUCUCAGGAAAAUGCUUUUGAAAGGUCUUUCUCUGACAGCCACAGAGCACUUUUUAAGAUUUAGUUACUGCUAACCCAUGCAGACAAUGCUCUGCUAGAUGGAUCAGUGGUAUAACCUGGUAUAAGGGACUACUCAUUCUUUCAUUUCUCUUCUACAUGCAAUGGCUGCUUGAGUGACUACCCUGUACUGGUGUUAAUCUAGUAUGCUGAAUAAGAUGUGACCUUAAUUCAAAAAGAAUCUGAAGAGGUAAAAUGUCACCAUUGACAUAUAUUGUUCAUAAAUACACAUUUGGAAAUGUACUCUUUGUUUUCAGGGGAAAAAAUAGAUAUAAACCUGUCGGACCUGAAUGCUACAAGACUUGGACAUAGUUUUAUACAAGUUUUGUUUGGUCUUACACAAUACUAUUUGCUGGGUUAUACUUACCACACCUAUCUUUUGUUGACUUUCUAUCAUGUAUUUUCUAACAAUUAAAGACGGGUUAUCUUUU